CCCCGGACCGCGAGCGGCAGCUGGGGAGGGGGCCGCGGAGCCGGAGCGCGAGAAACAGCUGAUCCGAUUUUCCUUAAAGCGAGAGAAAAUGGAAGUCGGGUAGCGGUGACUGAGGCGCUGCGGGCUGGCCGAGCGGAGCGGCACAGCGCGGCAGAGUUCUCAGGGGCUGUGAUCUCACGCCAUUCACUGGGGCAAUAAUGGGCCAUUUCCAGCAGGGACGAUGCCGCGUUGCCCCCGGUGCCUAACUGCCACCCACCUCCAGAGAAUCUCAGUGUCUGAAAAGUGGCAGUGACCAAAGAAGAGGCUCUCCUGGCCGAGGCCCCAGUACAUGGAGAGAAGGAAGACAGCAAUCUUCUAAUUGGAGCCAUAUACAUUAGAUGGAUGGUUUCUAGCCUGCUUCCAAACCCCACCUCAGCUGAGUGUUGGGCGGCCCUUCUACACGAUCCUAUGACUCUUGAUAUGGACGCAGUCCUGUCAGACUUUGUUCGGUCCACGGGGGCAGAACCUGGUCUGGCCAGAGACCUGCUGGAAGGCAAAAACUGGGACCUGACGGCCGCUCUGAGUGACUAUGAGCAGCUCCGACAGGUGCACACAGCCAACCUGCCACCUGUGUUCAACGAGGGCAGGUGCCCCAAGCAGCCCGAGCGAGAGCACCCCCCACCUGCGCACACGGCCGAACGGCCCUGCCCGCCCAGGCAGGACGACAUCGCCCAAGAGAAGCGACUCUCGCGCGGGAUCUCCCACGCCAGCUCAGCCAUCGUGUCCCUGGCGCGGUCCCACGUGGCGAGCGAGUGCAGCAGCGAGCAGUUUCCACUGGAGAUGCCCAUCUACACGUUCCAGCUGCCGGACCUGAGCGUGUACAGCGAGGACUUCCGGAGCUUCGUGGAGCGAGACUUGAUCGAGCAGGCGACAAUGGUGGCUCUGGAGCAGGCGGGUCGCCUGAACUGGUGGUCCACCGUGUGCACGAGCUGUAAACGGCUUCUUCCUUUGGCCACGACAGGGGACGGGAACUGCCUUUUACACGCUGCCUCACUGGGCAUGUGGGGCUUUCACGACCGGGACCUGGUUUUGCGGAAAGCUCUCUACACCAUGAUGAGGACGGGGGCCGAGAGGGAGGCCCUGAAGCGAAGAUGGAGGUGGCAGCAGACGCAGCAGAACAAGGAGUCAGGGCUGGUGUACACGGAGGAAGAGUGGGAGCGAGAGUGGACAGAGCUGCUGAAGCUGGCCUCCAGCGAGCCACGCACGCACAUCAGCAAGCACGGCGGCUCGGGCGGGGGCAUGGACAACGCCGAGGACCCUGUGUACGAGAGUCUGGAGGAGUUCCACGUUUUCGUCCUUGCCCACAUAUUAAGGAGGCCCAUCGUCGUUGUAGCAGAUACGAUGCUGAGGGACUCAGGCGGGGAAGCAUUUGCUCCAAUCCCCUUCGGAGGGAUUUACCUGCCCUUGGAGGUGCCUCCCAACAGAUGCCACUGCUCACCUCUGGUUCUUGCCUACGACCAAGCGCAUUUCUCUGCCCUUGUGUCCAUGGAGCAGAGAGACCAGCAGAGAGAACAAGCCGUGAUCCCCCUGACGGAUUCAGAGCACAAGCUGCUGCCUCUGCACUUUGCGGUGGACCCCGGGAAGGACUGGGAGUGGGGGAAAGACGACAAUGAUAACGCCCGGCUGGCCCACCUGAUCCUGUCGCUAGAAGCCAAGCUGAACCUUCUGCACAGCUACAUGAAUGUGACGUGGAUCCGGAUCCCCUCUGAGACCCGGGCCCCUCUGGCGCAGCCGGAGUCCCCGACGGCCUCGGCGGGGGAGGACGUGCAGUCCCUGCCCGACUCGCUGGACUCGGACCGCGACUCGGUGUGCAGCAACUCCAACAGCAAUAACGGCAAGAAUGGCAAGGACAAGGAGAAGGAGAAGCAGCGCAAGGACAAGGACAAGACCCGCGCGGACUCUGUGGCCAACAAGCUGGGCAGCUUCAGCAAGACGCUGGGCAUCAAGCUGAAGAAGAACAUGGGCGGCCUGGGCGGCCUGGUGCACGGCAAGAUGAGCCGCGCCAACUCCGCCAACGGCAAGCACAGCGACCCGCCCGAGCGCGGCAAGGAGAAGAAGGCCAAGGCGCGCAAGGGCAGCAAGGAGGAGUCGGGCGCCUCGGCCAGCACGUCGCCCUCGGAGAAGACCACGCCGUCGCCCACGGACAAGACGGCGGGCGCGUCGCCGGCCGACAAGGGCGGCGGGCCCCGCGGCGAUGCCUGGAAGUACAGCACGGACGUGAAGCUGAGCCUCAACAUCCUGCGCGCCGCCAUGCAGGGCGAGCGCAAGUUCAUAUUCGCCGGCCUGCUGCUCACCAGCCACCGGCACCAGUUCCACGAGGAGAUGAUCGGCUAUUACCUGACCAGCGCGCAGGAGCGCUUCAGCGCCGAGCAGGAGCAGCGGCGCCGCGAUGCCGCCGCCGCCUCCACGGCCAAGCGGCCGCCGCGCAGGCCAGAGGCCGAGGGCGCGCCGGGCCCGGAGCGCGCCUCGCCGGGCCCGCCGGCCGGGCCUCCCACGCAGCUGGUGCUCAAGCUCAAGGAGCGCCCGAGCCCCGGGCCAGCGGCGGGCGCGCGGGCGGCGCGGGCAGCGGCGGGCGGCGCGGCCUCCCCGGGCCCCGGCGGCGGCGCGCGACGCGCGGGUGCCAGCGGACCGGUCCCGGGCCGCAGCCCCCCGGCGCCGGGGCGCCAGAGCGUCAUCCACGUGCAGGCGGCGGGCGCGCGGGACGAGGCGUGCGCCCCGGCCGUGGGCGCGCUGCGGCCGUGCGCCACGUACCCGCAGCAGAACCGCUCGCUGUCGUCGCAGAGCUACAGCCCGGCUCGCGCCGCUGCCCUGCGCACCGUCAACACGGUCGAGUCGCUGGCGCGCGCCGUCCCAAUAACCCUGCCCGGCGCGGCGGGGGCGGCGGGGGCGGCGGGCGCGGCCGAGCCCAAGUCGCAGACCUACACCAACGGCUUCGGCGCGGCGCGCGACGGCCUGGAGUUUGCCGACGCCGACGCGCCGGCCGCGCGAUCGAACGGUGAGGGCGGCCGGGGCGGCCCCGGCGCGGGGCCGGCGCAGCGGCGCUGCCAGCGCGAGAACUGCGCGUUCUAUGGACGCGCAGAGACCGAGCACUACUGCUCGUACUGCUACCGCGAGGAGCUGCGGCGGCGGCGCGAGGCGCGCGCGGCCCGGCCCUGA